AUGGGUGGGAGGUUGUCUAUGCCCAAGGGUGCGGAUGGGUUGAAUGAAAUAUCCAAGCCUAUGUCGGGCUCGGCGUCAGCGCGGCUCACGCGCGGUAAAGGAAUCAUAAAUGGGCGCACUAUUAUGGCUCCAUUGGCGGCCUUCACGAUGGCCGGAUUGCUCUUCGUUUACGCGCGAACUUCUAUACGGGCGGCGAAAUUGAACGCGAAGAAGCAUCGCGAGGCAGACGGCGGCCAGAUCAGCUGGCAUAAUGAGAGCUUAAGGCGACAUGGGCAAUUAGAAAGGGUGGAGAACGACCGGAACACCUUCAAGGAGGCUUUGAUUUCGGAUGUUAGCGGGGAGAAGAAGGAAAAGAAGAAAAGUGUUGAAGGCACAGCAGGAAAGCCAGGGAGAUCCAGUGAGGAAAGCGAACUGCGGAAAUUCAUGGGGAAGAACGAAUGA